AUGGCUAGAGUCUCGUCGCCCCGAAGCCUGGACCACAUCGACCUGUCCACUCUGAGGGAUCCGGCGGGGAUAUUCGAACUAGUGCAAGUGGUUGGAAAUGGUACCUAUGGACAAGUCUAUAAGGGUCGCCAUGUGAAGACUGGACAGUUAGCAGCCGUCAAAGUCAUGAAUGUCUCAGAGGAUGAAGAAGAGGAAAUCAAAAUGGAAAUCAACAUGCUUAAAAAAUAUUCUCAUCACAGGAACAUUGCUACCUACUAUGGAGCAUUCGUAAAGAAGAAUCUUUCUGGCCACGAUGAUCAGCUCUGGCUGGUGAUGGAGUACUGUGGAGCAGGCUCAGUGACUGAUUUAGUGAAGAAGACUAAAGGUAACUCCUUUAAAGAAGACUGGAUUUCUUACAUCUGCCGGGAGGUCCUGCGGGGUCUCUCCCAUCUUCAUAUGCACCACGUCAUUCACCGGGACAUCAAAGGACAAAAUGUCCUCCUGACUGAAAAUGCUGAAGUAAAACUGGUGGAUUUUGGAGUGAGUGCCCAGCUGGACCGGACCGCUGGCAGAAGAAACACCUUCAUCGGGACGCCAUAUUGGAUGGCACCAGAAGUGAUUGCAUGUGAUGAAAACCCUGACUCGACCUACGAUUACAGAAGUGACUUGUGGUCCUUGGGAAUCACCGCCAUGGAAAUGGCCGAGGGCGCUCCCCCCCUCUGUGAUAUGCAUCCCAUGAGAGCUCUCUUUCUCAUCCCCCGGAAUCCCCCUCCCAAACUGAAAUCCCGAAAAUGGUCUAAGAAGUUCCUCAACUUUAUCGAAAAUUGCUUGGUUAAAAAUUAUAUACACCGUCCAUCCACUGAGGCUCUUCUGAGGCAUUCAUUCAUUCGAGAUUUGCCAAACGAGCGCCAAGUUCGGAUCAUGCUCAAGGACCAUCUGGAUCGAACCAAGAAAAAGAAAGGGGAUAAAGAUGAAACUGAAUAUGAAUACAGUGGAAGCGAAGGUGAAGAAGAGGAGGAGGAGGAAGAGGAGUUAAAUGAAGACCAAGGAGAGCCCAGCUCCAUAGUAAACCUUCCUGGUGAAUCCACCCUCCGAAGAGAGUUUCUCAGACUGCAGCAGGAAAAUAAGAAAAACCCAUUUUCAAAACAGCAACAACUGAGGCGAGAACAGCAGCAGCAGCAGCAAAUGAUGUGGCAACGUUUGGAGCAGGAGCAGAAAAAUCUACAGCAGCAACAGGAUCUGCAGAAGGAACAGCAAGAUCUGCAGCAAGAACAGAAAAAUCUGCAGCAGGAGCAGCAAGAUCUGCAGCAGAAACAGAAAAAUCUGCAGCAGGAGCAGCAAGAUCUGCAGCAGGAGCAGCAAGAUCUGCAGAAGGAGCAACAAGAUCUGCAGAAGGAGCAGCAAGAUCUGCAGAAGGAGCAGCAAGAUCUGAAAAAGGAGCAGCAAGAUCUGCAGCAGGAACAGAAAAAUCUGCAGCAGGAGCAGCAAGAUCUGCAGCAGGAACAGAAAAAUCUGCAGCAGGAGCAGCAAGAUCUACAGAAGGAAAAACAGGCACCAGAGCUACCACCUAAGCCUCAGAAACAACUUCCAGUACUGCCAAAGCUGCAACCACCGCUACAGGAGCAGCAAGACCUACAGCAGGAGAAACAGCAGGAACAGCAACCACCAAAGCAGGAACAACAGCCACCAAAGCAGGAGCUGCAGGUGCCUAAGCAGGAGCAGCAGCCACCAAACCAUGGACAGCAGCCACCAAAGCAGGAACCACAGCCACCAAAGCAUGGACAGCAGCCACCAAAGCAGGAACCACAGCCACCAAAGCAGGAACCGCAGCCACCAAACCAUGGACAGCAGCCACCAAAGCAGGAGCAGCAGCCACCAAAGCAUGGACAGCAGCCAUCAAAGCUGGAGCAGCAGCCACCAAAGCAGGGACAGCAGCCACCAAAGCAGGGACAGCAGCUACCAAAGCAGGGACAGCAGCUACCAAAGCAGGGACAGCAGCCACCAAAGCAUGGACUGCAGCUGCCAAAGCACGGACUGCAGCUGCCAAAGGCCCGCCACCAGACACAGCAGGUAUCACCAUCUCCAGACCAUCACUGGCUGCAUUUUCCACCAAAGCCCAAUCAUCACCAUACACAACUGCUACCAAAGCAUCUAGCCUAUCACCAUCUACAUCACCAGUCAGGACAUGUGUCAGGCCAUCACUUUCUGCUGUCAAAGCAAAUGGCCCAUCACCAGCUGCAGCAGCCACCAAAGGUCUCACUCCAUUACCAGGCACAGCAUCCACCAAAGGUGCCACCCCAUCAGCAGCCACCAAGGGUGCCACCCCAUCACCAGGCGCAGCAGCCACCAAAGGUGCCGCCUCAUCACCAGGCGCAGCAGCCACAAAAGGUGGUCCUCCACCAAGUGCAGAUACCACCAAAGGUAGUGCUCCACCAUGUUCAGCUUCCACCAAAGGCCUAUCACCCAGUGAUCCAACCAGGUCAGCAACUGGGCCAUCGCCAGUCAAAACAGCCUCCUCAUCACCUAUCACCAUCUCACCAGUCUCAGCAAUCAGCCCAGCAGCUUCCACAGCAGUUGGCACAUCAGCAGGUGAAACAGCGUCCACAGCAGCCUGUUCAUUACCAGACACAGCUGCAACCAAAGCAACAGCAGCAGCAACUCAAAGACCAGGAUAAGUCCAAGGAUCCAGUCCUGACCGAGUCGCAGAAAGACAAGGAGCAACAGAAAGAGCAGAAGAAACUGGAGGAUAAUGAGAAUCUCCGACUGAGUAAAGACAACCAGCAUAGCUACUCCCUCUCAGAUGUGGCCAUCAGGCCUAAAACCUCAGCGCAAGAUGAUGCCUUUUGGAGCAAGUACCCAGCUGAAGACCAGCCUCCAAAGGUCCCAGAAAGAACGACCUCAAGAUUCCGCAGCAAGGAUAUCAUCCACCAGGCCCGCCGCCAUCCAAUGCACUACUUAAGCAACGGAGGAUUGGAUUUCCCAAGGACAAGGGCCCCAAAGGGACCAGAUCGGAGAGCCAAAAGCAGAGGAGUUGAAUCGAAGAUUGCAAGUGCUAAAAACAAGUCUUCCAAAAGCAUCUCAUCCUCCACCUCAUCGUUCACCUCAUUCUUCGAUCCCAAACUCCUGCAGCUCACACCUCCUUCCAGCCCUUCAAGACGCUUCUUUAGCUCCUUUGAAGAGAAAUUUGAGUUUCGUGGGAAUUCGAGGAAAGCCUCUAUUGUCAACGUCAAUCCCAUCAACGCCCGCCCACACAGUGACAGCCCCGAAAUCCGCAAGUACAAAAAGAAGUUCAGCUCGGAGGUUCUCUGUGCAGCUUUGUGGGGUGUCAAUCUGCUGGUAGGAACGGAGAGUGGACUGUGGUUGCUGGAUAGAAGCGGCCAGGGAAGAGUUUACUCUUUGAUAAGUAGACGCCGAUUUCAGCAAAUCGAUGUCCUGGAAGGGCUCAACGUGCUGAUUACCAUUUCAGGAAAGAAGAAUAAGCUGAGAGUGUACUAUUUGUCCUGGCUGAGAAACAAGAUUUUGCGUAACGACCCUGAGAUGCGAAAGAAGCAAGGUUGGAUCUCUGUGGGAGACUUGGAAGGCUGUGUUCACUACAAAGUCGUUAAGUAUGAGCGGAUCAAAUUUCUCGUUGUUGCUUUGAGGAAUUCAGUUGAGGUCUAUGCGUGGGCACCAAAACCAUACCACAAGUUUAUGGCCUUUAAGUCCUUCCACUCCCUUUAUCAGAAGCCUCUAGCAGUUGACCUCACAGUGGAAAAUGGACAGAGAAUGAAAGUGAUCUACGGCUCAGUGGCGGGAUUCCAUGCCAUCGAUGUUGAUUCUGGGAUGGUCUAUGACCUAUACCUACCAACUCAUCUCAUGGGAGUACCAAGGCAACACAUUAAAAUCACUCUCCGCCUCUGGAUCCCAGUUUUAGUCUUGCGGAUAGUAGUGGCCGAGACAUGGACUCAGGCUCUUUGCUGGAACGCUCUCAGUUUGGCAAGGACAGCUUCUGCCCUCCCUGUGGUGAUCCACGGGACCAUUCAGCCACAUACGAUCAUCAUCCUACCCAAUACCAGUGGCACAGAACUUCUCCUCACCUAUGAAGAUGAAGGAGUCUAUGUUGACAUCUAUGGACAUUUCACUAAGGAAUCGAUUUUGCAGUGGGGAGAAACACCAGCAUGCGUGGCCUAUCUCCAGUCAAACCAGAUCAUGGGCUGGGGAGAGAGAGCAAUUGAGCUACGCUCAGUAGAAGCUGGACACCUGGAAGGAGUGUUUAUGCACAAGAAAUCCCACAAGCUCAAAUAUCUGUGUGAACGAAAUGACAAGGUAUUCUUCGCCUCUGUCCAAUCUGGCUCCAGUCAGAUUUACUUCAUGACCCUUGGGCAAAAUACACUCUUCCACUGGUAAACGCCAGAAAGAAAUGGUUGAAUAUUUCCAGGGAUUGAAACCGUGUCAAAUACAAUGAAGUUUGCACACAUGCACACAUUUGCACUUUUCAUCUGCAAAUAUCUUGUCAAUCAUUCAGUUACCUUUCCAUUGUAUUGUUCAAAGAAAAUGAUGAAAACAAACAUUCAGCUUAUAAUGUAGCAUAGAGUAAUUCCGAUGAGAAAUGCAGCUUAUACGGAAUUAUUGCAAGCUCUAUAUACUCUCAAAGGGGUGUGCUGUCUUUUAUAGAAUUAUUUUAAGCUUUAUUACUUUAACUUUUGAUGUAUUAACCUUUAUUUACUUAGUAACUCUGUGUGGAUUUUACAGUGUAGGAUUCAUAAAAAACCUGCCACAAAUUUGAUUCCAGGUGAUUUUUGGAAUUCUUGGCAUUGCUUUUUGUCUAGAAGGAAAAAAAUGAUGCAAAUCAGAAUGAAUUUUUGAAAGCUAGAACCAAAGGCUAAGUCAUAAGGUAGAGAUGACAGAAACAAUGCUAUAAACGAAACUGAGGUUUAAUGCCUUCAUAAUGGAAUAGGAAGAACUUACAUCCAUUUCUUCCCUGCAAGGUUUAAUGACCUGGAUAUUAAGCUUUGUCAAGACACAGAGUAAUAAUUAUUUAUCUAUAUUAGUUUCUCCCCAUAUUAUACCCAUUUCCCUGUAGUGUAGAGACUUUUCUUCUGCUACUUGGUCUCCCAUGAAUAAGAUCCUUAGCACCUAACAUUGAUAGUUUAAGAAAAGGGGAUCCCAAAUGUGCCAUAGACAGUGGCUGCUUUGACAACUCAUGGAUGAUAUACUUGUAUUCUUGGCCUGCUAGACAUAUAGACUGUAGAAUGGAUUUUUGCAAUAUUUUAAAUUGGGCAUCUAUUAAAAUCUCACUCCCAAGAAAGACUGACAUUAUAAUUCUAUGCGCUCUACUUCCAAAUUUGCUCUCCGAUUAUUGGAAAUGGCAAAAAUCUAUUCCCCAUGAUUGUUGUUGAGUAGAAGAGAGGCAGUGUGGUGUAAUGGAAAGACUCUGAACUUGGCACCAGGAAAAUCCGCCUCUGACACUUAGCCAGGAGGCCCUGGGUCAAUCACUUAAUCUCUUUGAGUCUCGAGUAAUUCUAUAUUUGUAGUCAGGGGAUUGGGGUUCAAAUCCUAGCUCUGCCAUUUAAUAUCUUGUGACCUUAGAGAAGUCAUUUAUCCUUCCUAGGCCUCACUUUUCCACCUCUGUAAAAUGAGAGAGGAAGACUGGAUGGUCUCUGGGGGCCCAUCUAGCUUUAGAAUCCUAUGACUACAAGUUAUGAAUUGCUCAAGGUCAGCAGAGGGAAUUUCAAUACCUGUCAUUGACUAUUGCUGAGUAUUAGCUACAGUUUGUUUCUUAUAAGUCAGGCCACUCCAACACGUAUAUCAAGGGUGCUGGUUGUCUUUUUAUAGGCAUGCAAGUUGCCAAAGAGCUAUUGAAAUGGGAGGAGAAAAGGAAAGAAAGAAAAAAAAUUUCUAAAAACACCCAGUAUAAUCCCAUUACCAAGUAAAUGAGGACUUGUCUCUAGAGUUUCCUUUAUAGACAUUUAUAUUUCAGGGGUUUGUAUCCUGGCCACAUAAAGUGGGAUUAAACUUGAUAACAUAUAAUCUUGGCUCAGGAUUAAUGAAAGACUAGUGAUUUUUUGUUAUCCUUAGCUACAUAUAUAAUCAUUUGCUUUCAAAUGAGUAGUACUAGAAAUUCAGAGGCUCAUCUGAAAUGUGUUGGCAAUAAGUAGCUGAAACAUUUUAGUUUGCUUAAAGAUGAGAACUCUUUGAAAUAAUUAGACUGAAGAGUUAAGUCUUGUCCAAUUUCUACUGUGCCUAUGAGUCCCAACGUGAAUCAGGUGUCUGGGAUGUCCUGUGUGGUAUACCACAGAAGCCAUCCAGCUAAGUGGCAGCAAGUACCUCUACCCUCCCCCCAUCUGUCCUCAAUCCCACAGUGAUUUUGUGAUUGAUGGGUAAGUGACAGAGCUGCCAGUGCACUCUCCACCAUCUCUGGCUAGCCAGCGUGUAUGGAUUUUCGAAGCUACCUAUUCAGGUAUAAUGUGUGCGCUAACUUUCUCGUGUGUGCUGUCAACAUAGACACGCGUGGUUACUUAGCACCAUAGUGCCAGAAAUGGAGAUUCUUUUUCUUUUUCUCAUAGCACAAAUCCAGAGUUUGGCACACUAUAUAUUAGCAAUUAGGAAAAUGUGAAUCAAAGAAUUAAAGAACUCAAUGUGAUUAUUAUCUUUCCAUAACUGUGAUAAUAAUAUAAUCUGAAGAAUAGGCAUGCCUUUUAACUGCUGACAUCUGUAUUGAUUUUUUUAAAAAAGAAAAUGCACUUUGAUGUUAAAUCAUUUGCUUCAAAAUUGAAUCUUCGUUAUCAGUACAAACGCUUACCUGUUUGUAUAGCCAAGUUCUAUGAGCCAGCUCAAAAGACAUAAAAAGACAAAAAGAAUGCUGGUGGGACUAGGAUGGGUUUGAGGCAAAUGAGACAUGCCAUGCUUGAACUUGAGAAAUGUUGUGCAUUUUAAGUACUGCCUAUAAUAAUAAUAAUAAUAAUAAUUAGAUACCUUUAAGUUUAAUUCACGCUCAGAACUUAUAUAAUUAAUUUCUUCUGCAUAACAUACUUGCUCAGGAAAAAAAAAAAGUUUGAGAGCGGUUUUGAAAAAUGUACCUCAGAGGACUAUCUUUUUUUUUUUAAGUAGUCCUUGGCCAUAAAUGUUCUUAGGUGCUCUGGGCUCUCAUUCCAUAAAACUAAACACUUAUGGAAUGAUUUUCUUUCCCUCUAAAGGGAGAGAAAUUCUUUGAGAUGCCCCAAAAUAUCAAAGCAGGAGAGAUUGCAGAUAUCUAAACCAGAAAUUGCAGCAGGGUUCGAGGUUUUCAGGAGGGAAGUAUGAGGUAAGGAUGAGGGGACUAGAGGGACUAGUGAGAAGAAGAUGGAAAUGUCUCCAGAGAGAUGAGCUGCCAAUUCUGGUGAUCAGACAGAAGGAAGCGAUGGAAGCAGGCCCUCCAUAACUGUUAAGGCAGGAAGCAUGGUACAAUGGAAAGAGCUCCGCAUUUGGAGUCAGAAGACCCGAGUCUGAAUCCUUGCUGUUCCUUGUGUGAUCGUACUCAAGUUAGUUAGCCUCUCUGGGCAGCAGAGAGCUUCACUUAUCUGUAAAACGAGAGGGUUGGAUUAAACGAACCACCAUGUUCCUUUCCAACUCGAAUUCUAUGAGCCUAAAUUCAAUCAACAAGCAUUUAUUAAAUGCCUACUAUGUGCCAGGCCCUGUGCUAGGCACUGGGGAUACAGAGACAAAAUCAAAACCAUCCCCACUUUCAAGGAGCUUAUGUUCAAGUGGGGGAAAACAACAUAUGCAUAUAUAUGUAUAUGGGUAUACGUAUAUAUGUAGGCAUAUGCAAAACAGAUGCAAGCUAUUUUGAGGAGAGAGGGCAAUAGCAGGUGUGGGGAUGAGGAAAGGACUCAUGUAGAAGGUGCUGUUUGAGUUGAAUUUUGAAGACGACCAAGUAUUUCCAAGAGGUAGAAGCAAGAGGGUGCAUUCCAAGCUUAGGGAACGGCUGAAGCCAAAUCACGGAGAUGGGAGAUAGAGUGUUGCAUGGCAGGAAGAGUGAAAAGGCCAAUUUGGUGGAAACCUAGAGUGUGCCCAGGGGAGUUAUGUAUGAGGAGACGCGAGAGAUAGAUAGGAAGGAGGUCAGGUUGUGAAUAGCUUGAAAUGCCAAACAGAGGGGCUUGGUUCUGACUCCAAGUCUUCUAGAAAGAGCAUGCCUGCACUACAGAACCAUGAUUUACAUCAAAUGGAUGGGAUCUAGAACUUCACUAUGUCCCCCCUCCUGAGUCAGGGAGGCAGGCCAGUCCCACUGUGUUCGGUUGUGCAUGCCGCAUCUUAGGCAAGGGCAUUGCAAAGCUGGUGUCCAUCUGGAGAGAAUGGUAGAGAUAGUAAAGAGUGUGGGAAUCAUCCCUUAGGAGUAAGGAAACGAAAGGUGUUUAGAAGGCAAGGGAAGAUGUAAGGGGGUCAUGGUCCCUUUCUUCACAGAGUUGAAGGGCUGUCCCACACAAAAGGUAGGAGAUUGGUUUCACUUGUCCCAGAGGGCAGAACAGAAACCGAUGGGUGGAAGUUAGAGAGAUUUCAGCUCAACGUCAGAAAAAACUUCUGACCAGUUAGGGCUGUCCAAAAGUGGAAUGGAUUGUUUCAGUAGGUAAUGAGCUCCCUGUCACUGGUGGUCUAUAAGCAGAGGCUAGAAGGAUGACUCCUUGUCAUGGAUGUUGCAGAGGGGAUUCCUGCAGGUUGGACUCCCUGACCUCUGACAGCCCUUCUGCCUUAUAAGAUUGGAUAAUUCAGCACUCUGUUUGGGAUUAUUUUUGAGCUAGCACCCACCCCAAAAGUCUGACUUGCCUUUUCCAACCUGGAUACAGAUCCCCCAGAAAUCUUGUACCCCUGAAGCCAACUGAAACUUGAAAGUGAAAGAAAAUAUCGUUUUGGUCUGUUGGUUUGUUCUCCCUAAUCAGUACGUCUUAGGCCCAAUGGAAAUUCCCAUGCCCCACCUGAUUUCCACCUUCGCCACCCUAAAUGCCACAAUACAGUGGGCCCCAGGGAAGUCACCAUCCUGUCCAAGACCGUAUACUUGAAUAGGGCAUCAAAUUUCUGUUUUUAGACCAGCCUUUAGAGGCCUCCCCCACUCCUACCCCCAAAUCCACUUAGAACUCACUUUUUGGUGCAGCCCCAUAUAAAGCUGCUCUCAGUUUACUUGUAGCUGCCAGUCCUCUGCUAACCUAGCUAUCACCAUCACAACCAGUUUGGAAAAUUACCUCCCUGGGUAGGAGGAAGAAAGCCUGCUUUUACCAACCUCCCCUGACUAUAACCACUUCUUGAUUGUGUCCCCUUCAACAAGCAUUUAUUAAAUGUCUACUAUCUGGAAGGCACCGUGUCAUGGCAUAGUGGAGAAGGCACUGGGUUUGGAGUUCGGAAGACCUGAGUUCAAAUCCUGCCUCAGACACUUGCUAGCUGUGUGACCCUGGGCAAGUCACUUAACCUCUCUGUGCCUCAGUUUCCUCAUCUGUAAAAUAAGAGGACUGGACUUGAUGACCUCUAAGGUCCCUUCCAGAUCUUAUGUGGGACCUUGGACAAGUCAUUUUACCUCUCCAAGCCUCAGUUUCCUCCUCUGUAAAACGAGGGGGGUGGCCUCCAAGUGUCCCUUACAACUCGAAAUCUAAGAUCCUGUGACAAAAAGCCAAACAUGAAAUCAUCUUUGCCCUCAAGGAGCUUACAUUCUACUGUUGGGUGCAACAUGUACAUGGAGUCAAUAACACAAGGCAAAUCAAAGAUAGAGGGGACUAAGAUCGAGAAGGGCUUUCUGGAGAAGGUAGCAUCUGAACUGAGCCUUGUUCUAUACGGUUUUGUGAUUGCUAAUUUCAAGUGAUGGUGAGGCAUUUCAUGUCUAAAUUGUACAAAGUAUGACAGAAUUUUUGAAAGACAAUCCAGAACUUGUACGUCCGAAUGGGUGCUGUCCCUUUCAAAGUAGUCACCUUAGGAGACAAUACACUUACUCCCAAAAUGCAGCUAUUCAUUGCUCAGGACAGUUUGG